UGCAGGAGGUAAAACUGGAGCAGUUUGGGCAGCCGUUUGGUUGUUUAUUUAAUUUGAAAACCUAACCACCAUCACAAGAUGAAGUUCGUCAGAUUUUUGAUGAAAAACGCUGCGUUGGCAAAUGUCCCAAGACAUGUUGAACAUUUCUCCAAAUUUUCUCCGUCGCCCAUUUCUAUGAAACAAUUCCUCGACUUUGGUUCUUCUAAUGCAUGCGAGAAGACUUCAUUCGUGUUCCUCAGGCAGGAACUGCCCGUGCGGCUCUCCAACAUUAUGAAAGAAAUCAAUUUGCUCCCAGACCGGUUGCUCACGACACCUUCGGUACAAAUGGUCCAAAGCUGGUACAUCCAAAGCUUAAUGGACGUCCUGGAUUACCUAGAGAAGUCUCCGGAUGACUACAGCGUUUUGGCCGACUUCGUGACCUCACUGGUGAACAUCAGGAACAGGCACAACGACGUGGUGCCCACCAUGGCCCAGGGCAUCCUGGAGUACAAGGAAGCGUUCGGCGAGGACCAAGUGACCAAUCAGAACAUCCAGUACUUCCUGGACCGCCUGUACAUGAGCCGGAUAUCCAUCCGCAUGCUCAUCAACCAGCACACUCUUGUGUUUGACGACGGGAUGAAACCAGUUCACCCCAGUGCCAUCGGCAGCAUCGACCCGCACUGCUACGUGGCCGAGGUUGUCCGAGAUGCUUAUGAAAAUGCAAAGGCCCUUUGCGAACAGUAUUACCUCACAUCCCCUGACCUGGUCUUGAAAGAGUUGAACACUAAGAACAGGAUGCAGCCCAUAAACAUUGUUUACGUGCCCUCACAUUUAUACCACAUGCUGUUUGAGUUGUUCAAGAACGCUAUGAGGGCCACCAUUGAGAACCAUGACAGCACCUUGCCACCUGUAGAAGUUAUGGUUGCCAUCGGAGGAGAGGACCUGUCUAUUAAGGUGAGUGACAGGGGUGGCGGAGUGCCAUUCCGCAAGAUGGAGAAGUUGUUCAGCUACAUGUACUCCACCGCUCCCGCACCACAGAUGGGCCAAUACGACCGACCUCCUCUGGCUGGUUUUGGCUAUGGCUUGCCCAUCUCUCGCCUCUAUGCCCAGUAUUUCCAGGGAGAUCUACAGCUCUACUCAAUGGAGGGUUACGGAACUGAUGCCAUCAUUCACCUCAAGGCCUUGUCCACUGAUUCUGUGGAGAGACUACCCGUUUACAACAAGACAGCCAAGCGCAACUACAAAGUCAGCCAAAUGGCGGACGACUGGUGCGUGCCAACCAGAGAGCCCCUGGACCUGGCUGUGUUCCGGCUGUCCAAGUGAGAGAAACAUUGGUGAUCCUACAAUGACUUGCAACCGGGGGCAACGCCCCCCUCUGGUGCCCCACCUCCCAAUGUGGUCCCGCCUAUGAAAAAAAACAAAAAACAAAAUGCACCAAUAUGUUAUUAUUGCGAUUGUGUUGUAAUACGGCGGAAAUAACAUCUUAGUAGCCCUAAGUCACGAUUUUCGUGAUGUAUGGGGGGGGAUCACGAUGCGGUGCUGCUGCUUCUCGAGUGCCACCCGGUCACCUAACCCUAGGACAACCCCUGGGUAGUACACAUUGAAAGACUCAUGAACUGCCAAUAUUUUGUCAGAUUUUCUUCUAGCGGAACCACAGAACCCUUGCUGGAAACCCCAAUCUAGUCUAGAUCUUUUGACUCUAAAUAUGCAUUAGAAGAGCUUUAUGAGAA